CAUGAUGGUGCAAUAGAAAGAGGUUAUUCGUUUGAUAUUUCUUAUUAAAUACAAAUUUGUUUUCCAGCGGUCUAUAUAUUAUACGUGUAUAUUUAUAUGUAAAAAAUAUAUAAUAUGGCACAUAAUGAAACAAACAAGAUGGAUAAAUCACCGGCUUUAGAAUCACCGGCGGAUAUCUCAGAUGAAGCAAUAGAGGCUUUCCAAAAUUGUCUAGAGAGGCCAGAAAAGCAAAGGAAUAAUACGUAUGGGUUUAUAAUUGGUGGUAUUCUUGGAUCAACUAUAACAAUAGUAAAAAGACCGUUCCAAAUAAGCUAUCUAAUUUUUCCUAUGUUUGGAGGCAUUUACGGAUCUAUUAUAACACACUAUAUGAACAGUAGAAAAUGUGCACUAGAACUCUUUAGUACUGACCCAAAUUCGUCUAAGUUUGUUAUUCGUCCUAGGAAGCAUGACUCUUCCCAACUAGGAGAUUCAUCUGAAUUGAACAGAGAAUCUCAAAUGGAUAUAGAAACUUUCCAACAAAUAGAUCAGCAAGAAGACUUUCCUUCUAUUAAUGAUCGUGAAUAUCAAUCAAAUGCGAAUGUCGAUGUAGAAGAAAAGAAAAUGCUCACAGGAUUAACUUAUGAUGAGUUAAGAAAGCAAAAUAGAGAUAAUUAUCAGUCAAAUUUACUAGGGCAAAGGAAAGCAAUAUGGCAAAAACAAAUGGCAGUCAACUCGAAUAAAAAUAAGUCCUCGCAAAGCCAAGACUUUAAAUCAGGUAUCAACGAAGAAUCUGAUCUUUUCCCUUCAGCGAGUGAUACUGGGAAACAUAAAACUAAAUAUGGAGAUAUAUGGGAUUGAAUGAAUAAAAAUAGCACAAACAUUUUGUUUCCUCUGUAUAUGUGUGUAUGCUAAUAUUAUAUAAAAGUAUUUAAGUAACAUUUGUUAAUUGUGAAUUAUGGUGAAAUGUGAAUAUUAUAUGUAGAUAAUUAAUAGUUUGGUUU